GCUAGUUUUUGGUUUAAGAGUUUUGACCGAGAAAACCAAGCUCAAAUAUGCUCUUGUAUCGAUCAAUACCGCCUUGAUCGUGGGCGAGCCUCGACAUAUACUCCAGGUGUAGGAUUUCACAAGAGUUCCAUCCUUUUCGUUUUAAUUUUCGUUGGCGACUUGGUUUCAUCGACGAGUUGCUAAGCUUGGCUUUCAAGUUCGGAUUGUGACAUCAACAACUAGCUUGAGUGUUAUGAAGUGGUAAUCAGAGCCCGGUUCACCUCAGUGGACAUGACGGAAGGCGACAUUGCGGGAACGACACGUUGGAAGAGGUCCAAAGGUUUCGUGUCUCAAGACCCUGCUAUUCGAAUGAAUCCAGAGGAAGGAGUCGUAUGCGAUGAGUCGAAUCAGGAGGGUGUAAUUGCGAUGUCGGGACAGUUUAAUACAAUGAAAUUUCUACAGACUAUUACGGCGCAGAUGAGGACGCUUUUCCAAGCUCAGUUUGACAAAUUGGAGCUCCAAUUAGAGCAACAAGGACAGAGGCUCGAUGCUCUAACUCCGACCGCGAAUUUGCAGGACCAAGCAGGGGAGCGUGAUCUUGUUGCAACUGAAGCUAAAAAUCAGGAAUUGCUGGACCGAGUUGAGGAGCUGGAGCAGCUAGUCAUUGAUGAUCCUUAGCGGGGAUAACGACGACAUGAAAAUCGGGAAGACGGCCGGAAACGGAGUCGACAAUUCCUCCGGGAAUCAAGCUCGCUGUUCUGCAAUUUCAGGGAACCUUGAACCCAGCAGCCUACCUCUAUUGGGAGAGAAAAAUUAUUAUGUUCUUUGAGUGCGUCCAAUUCACCAAGCAGCAGAAAGUGGCGAUGGCGACUUAUGAAUUUUAAGAAUACACACCUCAGUGGUGGGAACAACUCCAACUCCAUCGAAGACGAAAUCACCAAGUGCCUGUAACUACAUGGGACGAGCUGUGUGGUCUUAUGAGGGAUCUCUUUGUCCCGGGAUACUUUCAACAAGACCUCUAUGAUGCGCUGCAGAGCAUUCGACAAGGAUCGAGGAGUGUUGAAGAGUACUUUCGAGAGCUCGAAUUGCUCUUGAUGCGAGCUAAUGUGCGCAAAGAAAAGGAGGCAACGAUUUCAAGGUUGCUCCACGGAUCGAAUUGAGAGAUUCGUCAUGCGGUCGAACUGCGGCCUUUUGUCGAACUCGAAGAAGUAGUUCUCCUCGCCAUUAGAGUGGAGAAGCAGCAAAAAUCCUCUACUGGGCGAAGGUUUACCAGUGCUAAACCUGCUGCUAAAGUUCCUGCCGAGUUAACUCCCCUCCAAUCCAAGCAGGAGGUGACCAAAAUUGCGCCACGAAGCGCUCCAAACAGUGAAGAACGAACCGGGGGUUCCAGCGGGGCAAUUCAAUAUUUCAAAUGCUUCGGCAGGGGCCAUAAGGCUAACCAAUGCUUAAACAUUAAGGCCAUAAUUCUUUGAGAUGGUGAGUACAUCUUUGACGAUGAAGCUCGACAUAAGAAGAAGGAUGACAGCUCCUCCGAUGACGAAGUAGAUGAGGAGAUCGAAGCGGAGAAGGGUUCGUUUUUGUCCGGGAUGAAUCUCAGGGCCUUGUUGGUGGAGUGCGAGGCAGAAGAAGGCUAACGAACUAACCUCUUCCAUACAAGGUGUUUGAUUGUAUGAAACCAACUACAGAUUCUAUGAUUUGAUUAUAUUCGAUUGAGGUUUGAAUGAUUCAAUGGCAUGAAUCCUGAUCAAAUUCCUGUUGUUUUGCUUUAACUUAGAAAGAGAAUAUCUGCCUAGGUUGAUAGAGCACCCUUAAUUGAAGGUAGUGAAUUGGUGACUUUAGUUGAGGAGCCAGUUCACUAUUCUGUACCUAAGUUACUUCGGUAUAGGAGGUUUUGUUCGUUAGGGCCUCAAUCUGCUUACUCCGAUGGAGGUUAGUCGCCCGCUUGAGACUCAGAUUGAGAGGGUCUGGAGACCUUUAGUCGAGACUUCAGGCUGUUUAAGAACCUUCCGCAGUAUAACUAUCAUAGAAACUGAACUUGGUAAUUGCAAUCCGGCUUAACUGCAGUCUAGGGGGAACCAUAUCCGGGUGACCUCUCUCGACUUGAAACAACCGUUUAACUUGCUUUGUGUUUUUGUUUGUUUGAACCUGCACUUAAGUUUUACCGCUAGAUAAUAAGAAUUCACUGAGUAG